AUAAACUUCCUUGAUGCCUCAUAAUGGUGGGUUUAAAAUCCCAAACUACCCUUUCAUAGUCAGCAGUUGGAAAAAAAAAAGGGAAAAAGCAAGAGGGACGUGUUAUUCAUCAUUGUGAUUCCAUAAUGAUGGUGACCUUUUAAAAAAGAAAUAAAUACAAAAGGAACCGAUAUAUGGUCUUGAUUCGGUGAGCCAAUAAGAUUAAACCACAAUGCUUUGAUUAUGUGGGAUCUACCGUGAUUAAGCCACAUUGUCAGAGGCAGAGGAGCCGUGGAGAAGAAGAAGACGCAGGGAAGGGUAAAAAUGGGUCUGCUUUCAAACAAGGUAGAGAGGAAUGAGAUCAAACCAGGAGACCAUAUUUACACUUACAGAGCUGUUUUCACCUACUCUCACCAUGGUAUCUUUGUUGGUGGAAGCAAGGUGGUUCACUUUAGACCUGAAAGGAACUUGGAUUCCAGCAUUGAGUCAUCUUCUGAGCUAUAUGAUCCUAUAUCCCCCCAAUCAGCUUGCCCGAUCUUUCCUGAUUGCGGUUUUCGGCAGCCAAACAGUGGCGUAGUACUCUCAUGCCUGAAUUGCUUCCUUCGGAAUGGAUCUCUCUACUGCUUUGAGUACGGCGUGACCCCAUCAGUUUUCCUUGCCAAAGUGCGUGGAGGGACAUGCACCACAGCAGUGUCCGACCCUCCUGGAUCGGUUAUCCACAGAGCAAUGUAUCUUCUUCAAAACGGAUUUGGAUACUACGACAUAUUCCAGAAUAACUGUGAGGACUUUGCUCUGUAUUGCAAAACUGGUCUUCUGAUUAUGGAAAAACUCGGGUUCGGGAGAAGUGGUCAGGCUUCAUCGGUGAUCAGUGCCCCCUUGGCUGCUCUCAUUUCUUCUCCACUAAAUCUGUUGAUGCCAAGUCCUGUAGGUGUGGCGACGGUCACUGCUGGGAUGUACUGUAUGAGCAGGUACGCGACCGAUAUAGGCGUUCGAAGCGAUGUGAUAAAGGUAGCCGUGGAAGAUUUGGCUGCGAACCUCGGCUGGGCAGCGCCCCAUGAUGAAGCGGCUCAGGAAAAUGAGGCUUCUAACAGACAACUCAUGACAUUGUAACAUGAUGCAGUAUUUUAUUGAACUCAAUAUGUGAUUGUCUCUCCCUAUCUGUCAUAGCUCAUAAGUGCAUAUUAUCAUCGUUUUCAAGCAGAUUAAGCUGUGUACUCCGAAACAGCUUUUAACAAAGAAGUAA